AUGACCAGUGCCGUCUCCACAAACAUAGUGGUUGCUUCCACUAGGACAAGGGCGGUCCGCAAGAAGGCCCACGAGGCUUGUGGGCGCUGUCGGGAGAAACGGAUCAAGUGCAAUGGUCUCCAGCCUUGUGAUCAAUGCGACAAGAAAGAGGUGCAGUGCGUCUUUUCCUUUGCUCCAUUGGCUUCGCCAAGCGGGCAUGAGGUUCUUGUUGAGAAACUGGAUCUCGUGCUUUCCCGCCUCGACAGGAUCGAAGAAGAAAUGAGCCGGCAAGCCAGGAUUUUUGCCCACGCUCCCGAUCCGAGCCUGCAGAAGCCGAGGAAGCACCCUUCCGAGAGACGAUCCAGCGGCGUUGCUCAGUUGAACGAACAGACUGGGUGCUUCGAGUACUAUAGUAAAUCCCACUUCGGACAUUUGGACUCAUCAUCCCAUCUCACAGCGAACAAACGGGUCAGGCAGCUUGACGACGUUUUGGAGGGCAAUCCGCCCGCCAAGCGGCGCCGAAACGACUUGGCGGCCGGGCAACAGCCACCGAACGACAAAAGCUCCGACAGUCUUAGGCUAGAGGGCCUAACAAGUUUCUGUGACUACGUUGUCCCGUUAAACGAUCUCCGUGGCGAUCGAUACCUGCGUGAACUCAUCGCCGGCCGCCAUAUCGAUAGCUUCUUCCGCACUAUUCACAUCUUCCUCCCCAUUCUCGACAUCGUGCUUGCACUCGGUGCGCUAUACGAGGAUAAGCGAGAAGACAGCUCUUCCUGGGCUUCGUGGUAUUUUGCAGAGGCGCAACAAAUGCUGGGGCGUCUAUUGGAUUCUAGUAAUAUACAACUAGUCCAAGCUGCCACCUUUCUGGGCGCUUACGCCCAGCAUACGAUCAAACCCAACCUCGCAUACAUCCUUAAUGGUCUUGCGACUCGAUUGGCAUUCUCAACCGGACUUAAUGUUGAGUCAUUGCAUUCGUCGCUCGGAGUCGAUGCCGAAGAGGCGAAGCGCACGUGGUGGGUUAUUUACAUCCAGGAAGUGGAGCUCAGUCUUAAUGCUAGCCGACCCAUGUCCCUACGCACUUCGGAGAUGAAUAUAGACUAUCCCACUGUGCAGUCUGCCGAGUCCGCUGAACCGAGCUCGCUCAAGCUGGAACAGAGAGAAGCGUUGCGCCAGGAAUUGGAAGGUUGGAGGGCUUCGCUUCCUCCUUACCUUGCCUUUCCAAAUGUUAGCCAAGAGGCGUACAACAGCUAUGAUCCCGCUUACUUGUACAACUGGAAAGCGAGACAACAAAGUAGUCUUCGAAUACACUAUGACCUUGCAAAAAUCAUCCUUCUCCGAGGCACCAUCCUGAGAAAGCCAUUCGACCGCCAUGCCUUAGCCAGCAAGCCAUUGUCUGGCCUUCACCAAUCGUUCUAUAUAGAUGCGGCCAGGGACACAAUACGGCAUAUUCACAAGCUGUUUAUAUUAGCGCCAGGACUGAGGCGUUGGAGCUACUACUAUUUCUAUUGCCUGCAGUCCACCCUUGUUCUUUUGCUCAAGGUUGCCGACGAUCAGCAUUCUCGAAACCGCCAGCAGAGACAUGCCGGUAAUCAGCCCAGCUCACUGUCACCCCUGGAGUCUGACCCAGGAAGAGCGGAAGAGGACAGGAAGCUCUGCCAACUUGCUGUUGAAGUUUUCGAAUCCAUCAAACUAAAAGCCUCACAGCGCUGUGCUGAUAUUAUGCGCCAAUUUCUUCACAAAAGGUCAUCGCCGACCCGUAGAGAGCGAGGCCAGGGGCUCUCCCCACCUUUGUCACUGUUGUCGGGACAGCACGAAUCUGCACACGACGGGGCCUCCCCCAGCACUACUAAAGAUAGGCUCCCCGGGGCAGAGCGGGUUAGAAGUGUCGACGGCAGUGACAACACCUCUCCCCAAGUGUCCUUAAACGGGCUUCAUGUCGAUCUUUUCGACGCUUUCUACAGCAACGACUUAAGCCAGGAUUUUAAUUUUGACCCACAAUAG